UUUAGACCGUUCAGUCAGCUGGUUUACGGUCGGUCCGUAAGUGCGAGUGGGAGAGCGCGCGUAUUAAAGUGAAUCCGUUGCAUUUCUCUUCCUCUUCCACUCUUCACACCUACGCAGGUGUGUGUGCGUGUGUCCCGCCGUUUGUGUGUGUUAAAAAACGAAACGACAACAGCAACAACAGAAACAGAAACAAAUCACAGUCAGCUGUGAAGUUUCUUUUCAUGUGUGAAAUCAUAUAUGCAAAUGGCAAAAAUAAGCAGAAAUUACAAAUUAAUAGUGUGAAAAAUCCCCAAAUAAAUUGAAGCAUGCUAAUCGAAAUAGCUCAAAGCAACUAAAUAAAAUCAAAGAUAGAAAAAAACACAACACACAGCCGCAGUAGGGGUAUAUUUUUGUGAAAUUCGCUAACGGAAUUAGAACUUGGGAAUUUUUGACAGCAGAAUCAAGGAGCAAAGAGGAGAGAAGAAAGCGGGGCACUUCCCAACGAUCCUUCCGUUCUCGAAGCUCUUCGUACUCACAUAUCCAGGCACUUCAGACUGAUUGACUGCACAGACUGCCAAAAACCAUAGACGAUAUCUUCCAAGAGGAAAGCCAUAUCACAAGGAGAAAAAAAAGGAAAGACGAUUGUAAAACGAGGAAAAAAACAUAUCCUGCUUCAUAAAUCAUUGCCAGGCUUUGAUUAAUGUUGCGUAUACGCAAUGUUGUCGGCCCCCGAGUUGCUGGCCUCUAACUAAGUGAAAGCUCAAAUCGCUCAAAACGAGAGGAAGCGAAAGCGAGAGAGAGAGAGAAAGGGAAACGAUUCCAUUAGCACCUUCUGGGUUUUAACAACAUCAUCAUCAAGAGCCGCAGUCGAAGCCACAAAUCCAGAGACCAAAGAUGGCUUUCAUCUGGCGACGACGCUCCACGACGAUUGUCAAGCUGGUGGCCUUCCUGCUGGCCAUUUGGUUCUGCAUUGCCUUCCUGGUCUACACCGACGACACUCGCCGGAGAGCCUCCCAGGAGGGGGCGGGGGGCAGUGGCGUCGGCAGCGCCGUCGGAGGAGGGGGCGGAGCGGGGGGACUCGGCGAUCCCAUUGCUCUUGCCCUGAGAAACGAGCCCAUCGGCGAGGACUUUGGCGUCAAUGGGAAUGUUAUCGGAGGAGGAGGCGGCGGAGGUGGAGGCGGUGGUCAGAAGCAGCCCGACGAGGCCGACAUCCCACCCACUGUGGGCAAACACAAGGUCGACCAUCAGGCCGAAAGGCAGCGGAAGAAGGCGGCCGACCAACCGAAGAAGAAGCCGCAAGACGACACCAAAAAAGUGAUUGAUCCGCCGGGAAAUCUGGAGGAAAAUCCUGGCGAGCUGGGCAAACCUGUCAAGUUGCCCAAGGAAAUGUCGGAGGAAAUGAAGAAGGCCGUCGACGAUGGAUGGACCAAGAACGCCUUUAACCAGUAUGUCUCCGAUCUGAUAUCCGUGCACAGGACUCUUCCCGAUCCUCGGGAUGCCUGGUGCAAGGACGAGGCGAAAUAUCUGACCAAGCUGCCUAAAACCGAUGUCAUUAUCUGCUUCCACAACGAAGCUUGGACUGUUCUGCUGAGAACGGUUCACUCCGUUUUGGACAGAUCGCCGGAACACCUUAUUGGCAAGAUUAUUUUGGUGGAUGACUACAGUGACAUGCCUCACUUGAAGAGACAGCUGGAGGAUUACUUUGCCGCCUAUCCCAAGGUUCAGAUUGUCAGAGGCCAAAAGCGAGAGGGUCUGAUUAGGGCCAGAAUUUUGGGUGCCAACCAUGCCAAGUCCCCCGUUCUCACCUAUUUGGAUUCCCAUUGCGAAUGCACCGAAGGCUGGCUGGAACCACUUUUGGAUCGAAUUGCCCGUAAUGCCACCACUGUCGUAUGUCCGGUUAUCGAUGUGAUUAGUGAUGAAACUCUGGAGUAUCACUAUCGGGAUUCCACAGGAGUGAAUGUGGGAGGAUUCGACUGGAACCUCCAGUUCAGCUGGCAUCCAGUUCCUGAACGCGAAAGGAAGCGCCACAAUAGCACCGCCGAACCCGUCUACUCGCCCACAAUGGCCGGCGGACUCUUCUCCAUCGACAGAGAGUUCUUCGAGCGACUGGGCACCUACGAUUCCGGCUUUGAUAUUUGGGGCGGCGAAAAUCUGGAGCUGUCCUUUAAAACGUGGAUGUGCGGCGGCACCCUGGAGAUCGUCCCCUGCUCCCACGUGGGCCACAUCUUCCGGAAGCGCUCCCCGUACAAGUGGCGCUCGGGCGUGAAUGUGCUCAAGAAGAACUCCGUGCGGUUGGCCGAAGUUUGGAUGGACGAGUACUCGCAGUAUUACUAUCACCGCAUUGGAAACGAUAAGGGCGACUGGGGCGAUGUCAGCGAUCGCAGGAAGCUGCGUGACGAUCUGAAGUGCAAGAGCUUCAAGUGGUACUUGGACAACAUUUACCCCGAGCUCUUCAUUCCCGGCGAUUCGGUGGCCCACGGAGAGAUAAGAAACCUAGGUUAUGGCGGUCGCACCUGCUUGGACGCUCCCGCUGGCAAGAAGCACCAGAAGAAGGCCGUUGGAACCUAUCCUUGCCACCGGCAGGGUGGAAACCAGUACUGGAUGCUCAGCAAAGCUGGCGAAAUCCGACGCGACGACUCCUGUCUCGAUUACGCCGGAAAGGAUGUGACGCUCUUCUCCUGCCACGGCGGCAAAGGAAAUCAGUUCUGGACGUACCGCGAGAACACGAAGCAGCUGCACCACGGCACCUCCGGCAAGUGCCUGGCCAUCAGCGAGAGCAAGGACAAGCUGCUGAUGGAGGAGUGCAACACGAGUCUGAGCCGGCAGCAGUGGACCCUCGAGAACUACGACAGCUCCAAGUUGUGAGGCUACUUCUACGCGAGGGGCAACCUGCUGUUGCCCACUUCGCGGCGACACCAAGAACCACAUGCAUAGCGGCUGGAGCAGGACGGGAUUGGGGGGCAGGACAUGAGG